AUGGCUCGUUCAACUCCAUCGGUCGAUGACUCUGCGUCUAUAAUGCUUGUCCUCAGGGGUAUUUCGAGAAUGCCUGAGAACAAGUUUUAUUGUUGUCGUUGGAUACACUCCGACAGCAAUCGUGUGUCCAAGUACGGUCAAGUCAUCCUGGAGCUGGUAUUCUUUACAGAACCCUCUCACGACAGCCUGCCGCUUUUGACAGCAUUGCCCCACGCGAACCGCAAUUUCAACCAUUGCACCAAUUAUCCCGGCGACAUGACUGUUGUGCAUCUGCACAUCCCCUUGGAUCAGAGUACCUUUGCUGCACCAUCUUCUAACGAUAAUUCCGUCGACUGGCUCGUGGGUGUCACUGGUGUCACCAUAUUUGACACCAACACCGUUCACCAGCCUCUACCGUAUCCUUUCCAUUUGAGUUGUUCAAAUGAUUGCCCCGAUGACUGUCACGCCAAAUGUCCGGCCAAUUGCCACUCUCAACGCAGCGCUGGUUGCCGCGCUGGGUACCACGCUCAUUGGCAGCCUACGCACAAGGACAUACCUCGGCUUAAAGCACUUGACUGUCAUUGGGAUGAGAAGUUGCGGUGGUUUCCUGGUUCAGGCCGAAGGGUUCAAGAACGUCAAGAUGUUUAUAGGCCUCGAGAUUUUUAUAAAGUGUUAAAUGAGUUUUUGGUUCACUCAAUUACUUAUUUAUAA